ACAAAGAUUAUUUGCUUCUUUUAUAAAUACAAAAUACCAUAUAUUAAGAAUCUAUCGUUUAUAUGGAUAGAGUGUACAUAGAAUAAUGUAUAUACUCAAUAUUUAUAUCUACUCUAGUCAAUCUAUCUCACCUAGGAUUCUAGGGAGAUGUUUUUUCUUUUUUUAAUGUUUUGAGAAAAAAUAAAAUAGUCGCACUUCUCUCUUUAUCACAACAUUUUUUUAAUUUUCAUCUUCAUUAGUAGCAUAUGAUUACAGACAAUUAAUGUUUAAAGAGUGAAUUUACUUGUCAUAAAGUUCAUAUUCAUUAGUUUAAUAGCCAUUAUGGAAUUUUUGUGUAACUUCAUAAGAAAUGCAAUCUCGUAAAACGAUAUGCUUGUACAAAAAGCGAUCAAUUCCGAAGAAAAAUAUAUCGUACGGUAUCUCGUACAUUUACGGAUAAAGUACCGCUAGUCGCACAUGUAUAUAUAUUUGCGCCUGUAUGUGUACGCGGGUUUAUGUAUAUCGGUAUACACAUGUAUUCAUCGGUUCGUGCACAGGAAGAGGAUGGAACGAUGGAAGGGCUAGAGAAAGAAGACAAAAAAAGGAUGGAGAAGAGCGUAAAUCUGGAGGAAAAUAAGGAAAAAGUGAGAGAGAUUCGAGCAAGAAGAUGAAGAGGAAUCGGAAAAAGCAAUGAACUAUAAAUUGAAACUAUGUCAUGUAUAAGUAUAAGAACAGCGCUUCAAGAAAAGUAUUUACAAUUAGAUGAUCAGUUAUCAAGGAAGGAAUGAAGAAUGCAUAUCGAAGAGACAGAGAGGGAGAAAGAAAGAAAGAGAGAAGAGAGAGAGAGAGAGAGAAAAGAGAUAGAUAGACCUGUACACCUCAAACACCGCUAUCAUGCGAAGGUGGGGAUCCGCAUACCCUGACCCACAAGUGGCUUUGAUCUCUACCCAGUCAGUCCCCUGUCAAACAAGAUGAGGAAAGCAAUGUGGGUCCGCGCGACGCAACAUUGUGAGCAUCGCUAAACUCUCUCGGUAAAGAGAGGCCGUUUGACCCGAAACCGCGCGAAAAAAAAUAGUGCUUUAUCGAUCUUGGUGUCUUGCAAAUAAUUUCUCUCUCUCUCUAUCUCUUUCUCUUUUUUUGUUACUUUUUUUAAUUGAAGAAAUAGGAGUGAAAACAACUGGAGGCAGAUUAAAAAUGAUACUAAGAACCGCUUCUGGAGGCAUCUUUCUUUUAGUCGUGCUCGUCGGAUCAGUCGUAGGGCAGGAUGAGGAUUCCUUGGCUAAUACCUUCCUAUCAGGAUUUUUAAAUUCUUUAACAAGCACGGCGAAAAUCGCCGAGUGUCCGGGAGUAUGUGUACACGCAUUGGCAACUUUAAUGUGCGACGAUGUUCUCGAAGACGUCCAAUGUCCCACGAGCAGUAUGCGAUGCUGCCUUCAGGAUCCGAUAAAUGGCACAGAAUCGUCUUCCGAAAAUGUCAUCGAUUACGAAGGGCCGAUCUCGGCCGUAUCCACGACAAUCAAGAACACUAUGAUUCCUUCUACGACGACACCCACGACGACCACCACGAUGCUCGACACGUCGACCUCGUCUACUUCAGUAAAAACUAUGAUGGAAAAUCAUAAUGGGACGAAUGAGAAGUCAUCAGUGAAAACUUGUUCGGGUAUCUGUAUGGCAGAGAGAAUCGCGGAUUAUUGUGACGCUGUCUUGAUAAUAGAGACCCUUUGCAAGCCGGGCUACAAGUGCUGCGUGUCGAGGGAUGCCUUCGGGGAUUCUCCACCGCCCGAACUACUGGUGAUCGAUCGCACAAAUUCCUCUCGUUACAACGAGAAAAACGGUAGCGGAGUUUACAGCGAAAUUUCAUCUCCAUCGACGACGAUGCGAUCAAACGUCUCGACUGAUGUCUCUGCAACCGUUAGCAUCACAACGAUGACACCGAUGAUGACGACAGCGACGACGAUGAUGACUACCAAACAGCCGUCGACAACAACGAGGCCGAAACCGGUGCUGCUGAAACCGUGCAAAGGAAAGUGCACGAGUGGUUUGUCCGCGCUCUUUUGCGAUAACAUUGAUGGAGAUGCUGAUUGUCCUGCUGAUGGAUCCGUCUUGACAGUUUGUUGCAUCGAAUUGCCACAACAAAAAAUAGAAACAACAACGACAAUUCGACCGUCUACAAAGAGUCCUCAACCGAAGUUACCGCCAUGCCCUGGCUUUUGCCUGAUGAUAAUUAUGGCAGCUUUUUGCGAGCGGCCAAAUGUGAUCAUAGCUAAAACAUCGACCUGUCAGUCUGGUUCCAUCUGUUGCGAUAAUACAAAAAGUCCACCACAGACGUCGAAACCAAAGCCGAGACCUGUUUCGCGACCACCGACAACUAUAUCGUUACCACCAGAUCCACGCUCGGAAUGUCCUGGUUCCUGUAUUGUAUCUUAUUUAUCAUUCACUUGCUUCAGAAAUGCCGAGCUAACAAGUUUAUUUAAGUGCAAAAAACAGGGAUAUCAGUGCUGUGCGCCGAAAUCUUUAAUAAAGGAAUUACACGAUGGAAAUUCCACGGAACCGAUUCUGACUAAUAGGAAUGAUACAUCCUACGUAACUUCCCGACCGUACACCACUCCGUUUACUACGUCAAUCUAUGAAACAACAACGAUUACCACUACUACCAAAAAUCCAGUGUACAGUAAAUAUGUUUGCGGCGUGAAGGGAACCUCUCGUGGCCCGAUUCAAGCACGAAGUUCCGAAAGAGUCGCGCGUGUUGUAGGCGGUGAAGACGCGGACGCUAAUGAAUGGUGCUGGCAGGUUGCAUUGAUAAAUUCUCUCAACCAAUAUUUAUGCGGAGGAGCACUGAUAGGGACGCAGUGGGUCCUCACUGCAGCGCAUUGCGUCACGAAUAUCGUGAGAUCCGGCGAUGCGAUUUAUGUGAGGGUAGGUGAUCAUGAUCUAACUCGCAAAUACGGAAGCCCAGGCGCUCAAACUUUGCGCGUCGCAACGACCUAUAUUCAUCACAAUCAUAAUAGUCAAACGCUCGACAACGAUAUUGCUCUACUGAAACUUCACGGUCAGACAGAAUUGAAGGAUGGAGUUUGCUUGGUUUGUUUGCCGGCACGAGGUGUUAGUCACACAGCUGGCAAAAGAUGUACAGUUACUGGUUACGGAUAUAUGGGAGAAGCUGGUCCUAUACCUCUUCGAGUUCGCGAGGCGGAGAUACCUAUUGUAAGUGAUGCUGAAUGCAUAAGAAAAGUAAACGCCGUAACCGAGAAGAUCUUUAUUUUACCGGCCAGCAGUUUUUGCGCUGGUGGCGAGCAGGGAAAUGAUGCAUGUCAGGGCGAUGGUGGUGGUCCUUUGGUAUGUCAAGAUGAUGGCUUCUACGAGCUUGUUGGACUGGUGUCUUGGGGAUUCGGUUGUGGUCGCCAAAAUGUACCUGGCGUGUAUGUAAAGGUCUCCUCGUACAUCGGUUGGAUAAAUCAGAUUAUAUCAGUGAAUAAUCUGUAACUAUAUUUUGUAAGACGAUCGCAUCGAAUACAUUUGAUUUACAUAUUUUUA